UUAGAUCAGGACUGCGUCGUUAGUGAUCGUCAUUCGAUGCCAGAAAUCUGAAAUAGUGAAAUAGCAUGGGUUCUAUCUAAGAUCUAGUAUCUAACUCUAGAUCUAGUAGAUCCAGUACAAGCGCGUAACUUUAUAGUUAUAGUAUGCAGUUAAUAAACAAGAGUGAUCAAUGAAUUGAGAAAAAGAUGGAAGUGAAAAAACAACAAUUGUGUUAUGAAUCUGGAGAAAAUAUUAAUUCAUCCAACUCUUCCAAGUUAAUAAAAACAGUUGUUCGAAGAUAUGUAAAACAGUCUGGAAGUCUUGAAGUAAUACAAGGAGAUGAUAAAGAUUCAUUGAACUCAAGAUGCUCAUCAUCAGAUACUUCCUCAAGACCAUUGAGUACCUCUAGUGCAAGUUCAGUUUUAUCUCGACCACAUUCCUGUCUUGCAACAAGAGCUCUAACUCCCACCAAGCAGGUUUCUCUGAUAGCUGUACGGCGUAAAGAAGAAAACAGUUGUACAACUGGCGUCCAGCCACAAACAAAGGAUCCAAACAUAGCACAAACAGACUUACAAGGCAAAAGAAAAAUAAACAGCAAAGAGGAUCUACAAACUAAGAAAAAAGAUGAGGUCAACGAACAAGAAAAUUAUACAUUUGAUUUCAUCAGCUCGAUCAAUGUAAAAAAAUGCAUGUCAAUUGAGUCAGAUGAAGAUAAGAAAAAAGAAUAUGAUGAAAGUGAUGAAGAUAAAUCUGAGGAACAAGAAAGGAAAGCUCCAAAUGAACUACUUAUGGAGUUUGUUGAUUGCCUGAUGAGAAAAGACUACAAAAAUUCUUUUAAAUUGUGCAAAAUGAUUAUGCUUUUUGAACCAAUGAAUCCAGAGGCUCUUCAGUUCUUACCACUUAUUCAAAGAAAGUUAAAUCUGGAUGAAAGAGCAGCUUCAGAGUCUCAUGAAAGUGAUGGAUCUGAUGAAGAUGAUGACUCAGAUAGUGAGGAAGAUACAAG